AUGAUACAAGUGUCAGAUCGAGUCAUUGCUGAUCCACAGAAAUUUUCACUCAUCCCGUUGCCAAAACCAUUCGUAGUACCUGGCGGACGAUUCCGUGAGAUGUACUACUGGGACAGUUUCUUCACUAUUAAAGGUCUUCUUGCAUCUGGUAUGUAUGAGACUGUCCGUGGAAUGAUCGAGAAUAUGGGAAGUCUUAUUGACAGAUUUGGUUAUGUACCAAAUGGAAAUCGUGUCUACUACUUAAAUCGAUCUCAACCUCCAUUACUUACUUGGUGUCUUUGGGCUUAUUAUGAAGCAACAAAAGAUAGAGAUUUUGUCCUCAGUGGCACUCGAUGGUUUGAAAAAGAGUUUCAUUUCUUUCAAGCUCAAAAAUCUAUUCAACUGCCCGGUGUUAUAUCACGGCUUUAUCGAUAUUAUGUAGUUGCUAUCGGCCCACGCCCAGAAAGUUACCGUGAAGAUGUCGAAAGUGCACAUCACAUAGAGGAUCCAAUAGAAAAACAACGUUUAUGGGGUGACAUUGCAGCUGCAGCUGAAAGUGGACGAGAUUUUAGUUCACGUUGGUUUUCUCAGGAUGGACCCGUAGCGGGAAAAAUGGGUUCAACUCGCACCAGCUCCAUUUUACCCGUGGACUUGAAUGCUAUCAUAUGCGGUAAUCUUCGACUCAUGGCGAUAUUGUAUGAAGUCAUCGGUGAUGUAGUGAGUGCUAAACAUUGUCAACAGCAGUUCGAAAGCAUGAGACAGGCUAUCCAUCAAGUGUUUUGGAAUGAAACCCAUGGUUGUUGGUUUGAUUAUGACAUUGUUCGGGGCGAUCAUGUUAACGCGUACAUGGAUACUAACUUCUUCCCAUUAUUCACUGGAUGCACUCAUGAUGGUUUUGAUCCUCGAAAAAUUGUGUCGUAUUUGACGACGUCUGGCGUUUUGGCAUUUCCUGGCGGUUUGCCCAGUUCACUGAUAGCAUCAGGUCAACAAUGGGAUUUCCCCAAUGCCUGGGCACCUACAACAUGGGUCGUUAUUCAAGGUUUACGUGUAAGUGGUCAGCAUGAACUUGCUCGUCAGAUUGCUGAAAAAUGGGUGAAACGAAAUUACAGCAUGUGGAUCAAUUCGGGAGGACGAAUGUUUGAAAAAUAUAACGUGGCAUCACAUAACUUCAACGCAGCCGGAGGUGGAGGGGAAUAUGAAGUACAGGAAGGAUUUGGAUGGACUAAUGGCGUUAUUUUAGAUCUACUUCUGAUUUAUGGAUCUGAUCUUACUUUCAAGAUUGAUGAAACAUCUAUAACAGUAGAACAAAAUUGGGAUCAGUUCAAUCAAGUCCCUAUUGGUGUUGCCACUUAA